GACUGACACCAAGAGUGUAGCCAACGAGAUUGAUAUGAGUCGACGAGACUGGGCGUGUUCGCCACACACGGCAGGCACUGCUCACUGUCAGGUGUGUACUCACCUGUGUCACAGCACCUAGCUCAGCGCACCCGUUAGUAUUCUCUACAUUUCGGCGCUUGUGCCACGCAGCAGGAAAUGGUGUCUUUCAAGGAAUGGCUGUCCAUUGCUUUGUCUUUUCAUCUGCUGCCAGUGGUGAGCGCCGACACCUACAACCUGGGCGGCUUGGUUGCAGCAUCUGUCGUCGCAUUCGUCCUCCUUGUGGUUAUCAUCGCCAUGCUCAUUCUUGGCACUCUCUGGAAUGACUGGUAUCCUGCUGUUCAAAAGGCACGUGGGAAGGUGAAAGUUCCGCGUGAUUUCGGGAAAAAGAAGGAAGACACACGAUUGCGCUGCUGGCAGGUAGUAGUGCAGGUUCUGUCAUCGCUUACUCCGAGAUUGGCGCGCCCCCUACCGCUGUUAACAGAGCACGUGACACGGAUGUACCGAAAGCUUCGUGGGUCAGCGGAUGGGGCAGUUCACAUGCUGCUGGUCCCAGGAGCGGUUCACAUACUGCUGGUCCCAGACUGUACGAGGAGAAGGGUGCGAGCCUACAGUUGGGAGAGGAAGCCACUGAUGAUUUCCAGAUCGAACAUCUGUGGUGGACAACGAGACGCUGGACCUGGGGCCUUUCCACGACAUCGACCCUCUGCGUCACGUGUCGCCAGCCGCUGCCAUGAAGAUUGUCGACCCGACGUACGACGAGGCUGUGUACUCCGUUGUCACGCGAGAUUCGUCUCCGGAGGUCGGUGAAUCCCAAAGUGGUGAUGGAGGUGAUGAGGCUGCAGACAAACAUCCAUCGCGUCCUGCGAGCGGAGUAUCCUUAAAGUCGGAAGGUGUCACGUCCUUUGCCAGUCGUGACCACACCCUCGUGGCUCUGUGAUAGUCUUCCGGUUUCUUGUUCCAUCCCCAGUGCUAUUCCAGGAAAGGAACAAAGAACCCAUUUUUUCUGUCAACACCUGCGUUUGGGUUUCAAUGAUAAAUGUUAUCAGUGGACACAGUGACCACUUCCUACACUCCAUGCGCAAAACUAAAUUGACGGAUUUAAAUUCCGAAGUUUUGUACAUCCAGCAUUCCUGUAUAUUCCACCACGUCAACAGUUCUGUACAUCUUCUUUGCUUUAAAAUAUAUGUUUGAUAAUAGCUUUAUGCCUUCCUGUGUUUUACAGUAAUAAGCCUGCACGUGCUUGCACAUUCAUUAAUACGGUUUAGCUUAUCCACCUGAUUAAUUUUGCUUAUUUGUACUCCUUACAGAAGCAGUUUGACAUUUUUCUACUUUAUUGUAUUUUUUCCCCUUCAUUUAAGGGCAUCAAAA